CAGGUAUGCAGGCUGUCGAUGGAUCUCAUCACUGCUCGCAUCGGACGUUGAUCCAACGGGAGACUGUCUUUCCCUCUGGUCGCAAUGGCCACGGGCUGCGGCCUUUAAGGAUAAAGAGAUGGCCGUCGGUAGCUUGACAGCGGACGCCGCACACUCUACACACUCAUUCUUGACACCUCCUAACCCUUCUUUCAACUGGUUCUUUCUUCUUGAUCUGAUCGUAUCUGGCAUUUUGACGCUGUUCUUCUUGUUCUACUUCAACCGUCUUUUUGGAACUCUCAUAUCGUACGGAAUCCGCGCGUAUACGUGGCACUACUAUCGCGCAUAUGUCGAUAUCCAUGCGCUCCAGAUUUCCCUCCUCGGGGGCCGGAUUUUCUUCAAAGGCGUUCGUUACCACGGAGUGAACGAGUCCAUCUUCAUACAUGGGGGAUUUAUAUCGUGGCGUUACUGGAAGCCGAAUGUGAAGCAGACAAGACUGUCUGGCUUCAAACAAAAUGGCAGUUCGUCGGCACUAGGUGGCCAAUAUGAGAAUGAUCCUUUAAGGGGGAAUGACGGUGACAAAGGCGAUGGUGUAGCGGAUAAAGGGGACACAAGAAGGACUAAAUCACUUUCUAGUCGAAUAGCUAUUCGAUGCUAUGGUUUGGAAUGGUUUAUAUAUAACAGAACUGCGGCAUAUGAGAGCAUCCUAUCCGGCUUUGGCCACUCCAUUCACGAGGAUCUCUCUCCUGGCGAUGGGAGUGACAAUCCACCCGCAUCAAGUUCCGCGAAGUCGGACUCUGGGAAAGCCGGAAAGGAGGAUCAAUGGGAUUUUUCCAUCAGACAAACAAGUGCUUCCUCCGCAACCAGAUCGUCUCCCGAUCGCACGAAAGCUUCAGGAUCUUUCUCCGAACGCAGGAAUGGUCAUAGCAAGGAGUUCGAUUUGCAAGAUGCAAAGGGUCCUGGUCGCGAAGUUGGAAAGACCUCAUCAAAGCUCCUUCAAUUAUUACCAGUCGAACUGGCGUGUACCAAGGGGGCUAUUGUCGUCGGAAAUGAGAAUACGAGGUCGAAUUUGGCCGCAACCUUCGAUAGCGCAACUGGAGUAGUUGAAGCUAAUCCUGCUGGGCCGUUCGAUUUGUAUCGGCAAAUACUGUCUUUCCAAUUUCACCAUCCGGUUAUCCAGCUACGGCCAAACCCAGACUUCAAACAGAAUCAACUCUCAGCCGCGAAGAGCUUAAGCACGAUCAGACAAGAGGAUAUUGAAAGGAAGCGCAGGAAAGGUCUUUCCUUUGACUAUAAGUUCCGAAGGCGGAGGAUUUGGCAUGGCAUCCGCGAGCUGUUCCCGUACUUUCAGUCUUCUGUGGAAUCGCUUCACGUCCAUCCCCGCAAUGACUCGGGGGCGAGGUCGAAGUCUCAAGCUGGAUUUUCCCAUGAUACCCGUUGGGUUGGCCUUUCCCGAUACCUAGAUGAUAGCGUCCAAGACGAGCACGAAGGUUGGACUGCUGUCGAAUAUGGAAGAUAUUCUACCAUCUUAGACAGCCCUAGUCUGAAAUUGACCUACUACUGGGAUAUUCCAGGCUUAGUAUUGCCUCGGCAGGCUACAGUGUCUUCGUCUGACCCUAACUCCCCACAGGACAUCAAUGGAGCUCCACCCCCUGAAUGGGGCCUUGACCUUAAAGUUGAAGGCGGUUCUAUAGAUUACGGACCCUGGGCUGAUCGAGAAAGAGUUGGGCUACAAAACGUCUUCUUUCCAAAUUCAUAUCGAAAUUCACAAGCGGCAAAGCCGUUGCCUCUUGGAAAUUUGAGGCAAAGCACAUGUUUUAAAAUAAACGUGGAGUUCAGUCAAGAAACGAGUUUGCGAAUACCAACGCGAGAGCCAUCAAAAGAUUGGCAAUGGAAAGGCCGGGCAGAUGCGAUAAGGGGUGCGUCAAAGUUGAAACAGAAACGGCAAGGGCGUCAAGGCCGAAAGAAGAAGGGAGAGAAGGGCUCUCUCGGUCUUGACAUUCGUCCCUUCGGGUGGCUCUCCCUUCGUGUUGCUCGUGACUCGACCAUUUCUUGCAACAUCGAUAUGGUAGGGUCAGAGUCUGGCUAUCAUAAUCGUCUGUCUUGCGAUUUUCGAGAUUCGAAGGUGUCAUCUAGUGUCAAUCAUGGACUCUUAUGGCAAUGCCCACGACAACAGGUCACUUGUGACCUGCCAAAUUCUUUCUCUUGGAAUAGCCUUCGCAAAUGGAAAUUCAAAGUCGAAAGUCAAGAUAUGGAACUGUUCCUACUCAGGGACCACAUAUUUUUGAUAACAGAUCUUGUCAGUGAUUGGACCUCUGGGCCUCCUCCUGAUUACUAUGCCUUUGUUCCAUACAUCUACAACAUAAGCCUGCUAUUCAGCAAUUUUAAAAUCUUUGUGAAUGUCAACGACUUGAACAUUAUCAGCAAUCCUUCUGAUCUCGACGACAACCGUUUCCUGAUAGUCAAAGGCAAAAGAUUGACGUCUGAGGUCUCAAUUCCCCUGAACAAGUAUCGGCCCGAACGAAAUGCUGUGGAUUUCACGGUUGACCUUCACGAUGGUGGCAUAGAUGCUUUAACGCCUUUAUGGGACACUCUUCAUACUUUCAUGCAAGAAAAGUCAGCUGCGACACUCGAUGGUCUUCUUAUUAAUGGGACUUACAGCUAUUAUCUUUCCACGUCAUCAGAAUUGACAGACACCUUGGUGCUUAACGUCAAUGGAUCUUCGCCAAAACUUCUUGUAUUCGGAUUCUUGAUUCGAAGCUUCAUGAUUAUCAGAGGAAACUAUUUCGGCGAUGAUGUGCAUUUCAAGACACUCGAAGAGUUUCAAGAGGAGGCAUACAACGAGGAAGGACCUACGACACACGGCGGCAUCAAUCCGAACAAGAAGUCAAAUGGCCUUGAUGUGAUUGUACAGGUCACCGUCGAUAAUCCCUGUGUUCUUCUGCCUGAAAAUAUUUAUGAUCAUUUAAAAAGCAUACAGCUCAGUGCUGCCUCCAUAGAAGCUGACUUGAGGUUCACAAAUUACUAUAUGGACUUUCAAUUGUCAACCAGCCCUCUGAAAGCAUCUUUGGAGUCGCAUCAGCUCCACGAGCCUGUGGUGUCCGGGACCCAGCUAUUCAUCGACGGUCUUUCAAUCUACGGCCAUCGCUUAUUUGGUUUGCCACCUGCAGAACCGACAUAUGUCUGCAAUUGGGACUUCAACAUAGGGCGAAUCAUUGGCGAAUGCUCGACUCAAUUUCUGAGUAGCAUGAUUGCAGCCUUUCAGAGCUUUGACCUUUCUUUCGAUAACCAUGAAAAUGCACUUCCACCACCAAAGCCUAUCAUCCUACACGACGUAACUUUCUUACGAGCUUUUGUUGACUCAGUCCACAUUUCUGUUCUUCUAGACGAAACCGCCUUUAUUCUGAGCUCUGGCGCGAUAUCUACUAAAUUUAACGAUUGGGCUGAUUCGAAAUUUUCGAAACGCCUCAGUCUCGUUGUUCUAGAUGUAUCUGUUGCUGCAGUUGAGAGACAGUUGGCUGUUCAGACUCAGGGGCCUUUCCAGACGAUGAUGACCCCUCAGGCACUUUUCCAAACGACAAUAGAGCUGAAAAUGGCCCAAAGGAAGCGCAACAUUACCGAACAUCGAAAACUGCAACAGGGUCACAUCAAAGUUCAUGACGAGACUACCAACAGGACAGACUGGCUCCUUUUUGAUGGGGAUGAUGUAGAGCCAAUGUCUUUUCCUAUAAACAGGGGCACUCCACAUUCUCCGAACAUGGCUGUACCGCCAAUGCCAGCGCCUAUUUCAAGGCAUUACAGUUUUAUGGGCACUCAUUCAAGGUAUUCUUUGGAAACUGGGAGCAAUGCAAGUUCUAAGGGAUUCAUUAUAUCCUCAGAUACUUCGAGUCUGAGAAGUGUCCAGAAACAGGCAGCUCACGGUGCUGCAACGGUCACACCAGUUCGAGUCUUGGAUGCUGAACGAAUCCGGGAAUCAGCUUCACUAGGUCUCUCAACAAGGCCAGAGAUGACACACCAAUCAAAGAAUCAUGAAAGUCAUCUACGAAGCCAAACAGAAAAACCUUCAGCGACUGUAGAAGGAGAUUCAAAUCCUUGGACUAUUCCUCAGUUCUCGCUGUAUAAGAUGGUUCUGGAUACGUCACAACUUCCUUCGCAACAGACUUACGAUGAGUAUUGGAACACAAACACCGUCGGCGAAAAUCUCAGUGUAAUUCGUUCACCUUUCGAAAAUGAUCAGACAACACAGACGAACUUCUCUUGCGAGUUUCCUUCAGGAGUUAGAGGGUUCUGUACGCCCAAAUUCCUUGUUGCUAUUUCACUUUUGAUCGAAAGGUUUCAACAAACCCAUCCAGUUGAAAUAAUUGAUUCCCUCCAGAAGGAUAUUUUCUCUCACAUUUUGCAACAGAAAAAGGCCAUGGAUGACCCUGACAAAACGGCGAGUAUCGCAAUCCGAGUUCCUUCGAUCUUCUUGAAGCUUGUGAAUAUUCCAGAUUCACAAAAUGACAUAAACGCCAAUUUCCGAGACGAAUACAAUUUUGGGGUUUCCAAUCUCAAAACUGAAUUUCGAACGAAGGUUAGAGGGCAAAACGAUGGUCGUCGGGAUACUUACCAGCAAAGCUUCACUCUCCAUGCGGAGGCAAAGAGUCUGUCAAUGUCUGUGGAGGGAAGCGGAUCUGAUGCUUCACAGGACAAAGCCGAUUUCAAAUGCCAAUUUGGAGAUAUGAAUUUCUGGCUCGCAACUGCUCCAGCUGUCCAGUCUCAUCUUCAGAUAAGAACCUUCGAUGCAGUAACGUCAACCAAGUCUGUGGAGCAUCUUGCAUUUCUUGUUCGCCGCACGACAACGACAGUCGAUUCCAUUACAUCGUCUUUCCAACUUCGGUCACCUCUUGAUAGUGAGCGCCUUCGUAUGCUUGUCUACUGGCUCACCUUAUCAGCUAGCGGUAUUCCCGAUCCAACCUUUUUGACCCGCAUAUCGUCAGUACUCAGACUCGCACCAAGUCACUUACGACAACAUGAUUCCUGGAAGAUUAUCUCUCGACUCCGGAAUGUUUACAACAGUCUGCCAUCUGAGAAACAGCAGGAGCUAGUGUCUAAAUGCCUGAGGAACGAUCUGUCGCUGCCGACAGAUGCCAAGUCAACUGUGCUCUCUGUAUUCGAUCAGUGGCGGACUUGGGAUCUAGCACAUGUUGAGAAAAGUUAUGCAAUGCAGAGAAUCUGGAACUCAUUUGAAUCUCCGCGAGUCGUCGAUCCAGCGUCAGUAUCUUUGUCAACGACCGUGAGGUAUUUUAGGUUCUCUAUAGGCCCGGGAGCGAACAAGGGCGAUUUCUUAAUCGAAGAUAUGUCGACUGCAAUAUCCACUAGGUCACGGAAAAGUGAAUCCUCAAUAGAGAGCGAACAAUCAAAGAAAGUGCUCACCUUACGGUCUUAUUGUUCCUCUAUAGCUUUACGGCUGAGGUGGGAAAUGCUUGGUCUUGUCGAAGGGAUCGCUCGGACCAUGUCAAACGUGACGUUGGAAUCGAAGACGUCGUCCAAACACUCUGUUAGCAACGAUAAAGAACAAUCGAGCGAGUUGCAGAUUGUGGUCGGGACUGAUGUCGGUUCUAUCAACCUUGACGGCAUCAAUGUCAAGCUAGCCUUGGUCGGAAAGGCGAUCAGAGGUUCCGUGAUUCACAGAUUGCAUCCUCCAGAAAGAAUUAACGAUUUUAGCGUACUAUUCAGUGCCGGAUCAGGCUCAUCUGAAUUUUCCAGCCUCUCUAGGGUGCUCAUGCUCUGGAGAGUUUGGGACCCGUAUGUUUAUUGCGCGAAGACCUCAAAGGAGAGUAAAGGGGAGCUGGCCAAUGAUUGGAAGAUCGCCGGAGCGUGCAAACAGUUGCGAUACGACGUGAGAGAGGAUCUAUUAAGCCUGACCUACACGGCUGAUCGAUUAAUAGAAGACGAAGUUCGACAUAUUCGCCAACUUUUGAAUGACUUCAAUUCACCAACAUGCCAACCUGGGAGAGAUUCCGCAGAAAAAAGGCCUACCCGAAAAAACCAAUUUCGUGUUGCGCUCUUUCUGGACGAUUACAGGAUCAGCUUCCAUCUUCUUCCAUCUUUGGUCUAUAGCAUAUCGGGCUAUGUGGCGAGGUUGUCGCUUGGACCUGCAAAGUCUUCGACGAUGGAAGUUGACUUUGACGUGAAGCAGAACUUUCACACCUUUUUGUCAGAAAAGAACGACAAAUUGCGACCGCUUUCGGUUUUAGAGAUCCCUCCAAUUAAUGGUCGCAUCUUAGCGAGGCAGUCGCAGAAUCGUAUCAACAUCGAGGUUGAUACUACGAUUGAGCUUAUCCGACUGGAAGCCAGCGCCUUAAGAAGCCUUAUUCCUGUUCUAACGGGUCCUGCAUUGUCUCAUAUGAUUUCUGAUGUUAAGGAAAACGUCGAAGUGCUUCAGCUACACCUUGAUGAUGUCCUCGGUUCCAAUAAGCCAUCACAGCCCAAAGAGCCACUAGCCGGCCGCGAAAUUCUCUACAAAGCACGUCUUACUAUGGCAGGAAUGGAAGUACAUGUCACGGCGCCUGGGGCCAAUAGAAACAAUUACUUCGCAGAUAUGGGUCUGAGCCUCGGGAUGACGCAAAUACAUCUUGAUAAUGGCUUGGAGCAAGACGUACCCAUGAAAUAUCCACAGUUUAGUGUCGAGAUAUCCCAGAUUCUCUUUGACUUGAGCAAACGUGGGAAAUCAAGAAACCGAUCGUACGGUAGAUUCGCUAUCGACGCUAGAAUUGUCGGGACUUCUGCGCAACUCGAAAAUGGAGAUAUCUCGCGGGCUUACCAUAUAAGCAGCAAGGAGCUCGGCAUCGAGCUCUUUGCAGAGACGGCUGUGUUGAUUGUCGACAUUGCAUCCUAUCUACAGGAGCGGAUUAAGACGAUGGGUUUAUCGCGUGAGGUCAAACGCUUCAGAAGGCUACGGCGGCAUGGCCAGUCUGAUAGCAAAGCAGAACAGUUGAUGACUCCAGAUAUCAAGGUCAGCGACGGCCCAGAGUCGCAAGAUCUCUUCAGUGCUCUCUUCUCGUUAGGAUUCGAGAAUAUCCAUGUUGCGUGGAACAUGGCUGCCGCGCCACCAACCACGUCCGGUUACAAACCAGAAGAUUUAGUAUUCUCCAUUAAACAUCUUGACCUUUCUAGCAAGAAGAAGAAUACUGCCAAGCUUCGAAUUCAAGACAUGCAACUCCAGAUGGUACCCGCCUCUACGGAUAGGCAAAGACGCUCCCUCAAUUCACUCCUUUCUCCGGAAUUGAUCUUUAACGUGGCGUGUUUUACAACAGGUCAGGAAGUUAGGGUGGCUUUCCAAGCGGCUGGUAAAUCACUGGAUCUCAGGUUGACGUCCGACUUCAUGCUUCCGGGAAGUCUGCUUCAAAAGUCUGUUUAUUCUGCUAUCAAGACUCUCCAUCAGGCAGAUCCCUUAUUUUUCGGAAAGUCAUCUCUGGACAGUAACAAGCAGCGGAAGCCGUUCAGAAGCAAGCGCCUACGGUCUGUGCUGAUGGAUCUUGAUUUUGCCGGAGCAAUCGUUUCACUUCAGGGUAAACGCAGCGAUGAUCAGCAGACAGCAUUCACGGCCAGGAUGAAAGAGAGCCGAAUGUUCGGAGCGAAGUAUGGCCAAUAUGUGCAAGGAGAUGCAGCCGCGACGGCGACUUUCCGAGCUCCUGGAGUAGCAUUAAAAGUUCAAUUUGAGGACAAGGGAGACGCUGACCCAGCUCUCAAUGCAGAGCUAAAGAUCGAUGCAUCAACCAAUGUGGUCUAUCCGACGCUUGUGCCUUUGAUAAGACAGUUAACUGCAACCCUCAAAGACGUUCUGGAAGAACGCCACUCAGCCAAGCCAACGGUGACGAUGAAGUUACAGCCACCGAGAGUAAUGCAGGAUAAAUCACGCCCUGGCAAUAGUGCGGAUUCAAUUAUUGGGAACUGCAAAAUCAACGUGGGUUUACUGAUUCGUAAACAAGAGUUUAGCUUAAGCUGCCAACCUGCCGCCAGAGUGACAGCCACGGCUAAGUUCGACAGUAUUUAUGCGACUGUGAAUACGGUGCAGUCAGGCGAACAUGAGCGCUUCGUUUCUCUUUUAGCUACAUUCAAUUCCCUACAAGCCUCAGUCAAGCACGUCUAUUCGAACGAAUCGACCGCAAGCCUUGACGUCAGGUCCAUUGCUAUGUCUCUCAUGAAUAACAAGCAUCUAGGCAGUACGAGCGGUGCUUAUGUGGUCCUUAAAGUGAGCCCAGUAACAAUGGCUAUCAAUGCGAGACAAGUUCAAGACUUUUUGCUAUUCCGGGAAAUCUGGUUGCCAUCGGCCGAUGAGCCAGAUUCUUCCCCAGCCGCAUUCCAAACUCCCUCUAAUACGGCAGAAACUCAGGCUCAUAUGGUGCAACGUUAUCAGCAAGUCGCAUCAGCUCCGGCGUUUCCAUGGAACUCUGCGAUUGCCAUAGAGAAAUUGGAAGUCCAACUCGACCUAGGGUCUACACUGGGGAAAUCAUAUUUCGAAAUACACAACUUCUGGCUGUCGUCGAAGAAGACGUCUGAUUGGGAGCAGACACUUUACGUCAAUUUCGAUACUCUCGGGGCGGAAAGCAAAGGCAGGGCAAGUGGAUCAGCCGAGCUCAAGAACCUCAGAGUGCGAACGUCCAUCCACUGGCCGGAUGAGACACCCAACUCAGGAAGACGGCCGCUUAUACAGGCUUCAAUUCAGUUUGACGCACUACAGGGCAAGGCUUCUUUCGAUUACCAACCAUUCCUGGUAGUGGAUAUAGCCAUGUUUGAGUUCCUGAUGUACAAUGUCCAGGGAACAUCCGGAGCCGAAAAAGAACGGCUGUUUAGUAUCUUAGAUGGAGAAAAGGUUCUCGUUUACUGUACCACAUUGACUGCUUCCCAAUCAAUGGCCCUAUUCCAAGCCUGGCAGCGUUUGGCGCAGGAUAAGCAGGCCGCAUACGAUGCCUCGUUGAGAGAGGUUGACAGGUUUCUGCGCCGCAAGUCUUCCGCUGUGAGCGGGAAGUCAGAUCUACGGGCAAGUGAAGUGAAUAAGAAAGUAGAUGGCAAAGUGGAAAAGGCACCCAUCUCUCUACAGACCAGUGUGGUCGUCACGAUUAAGACCUUUGACGCUGGAGUUUUCCCGAGCACCUUUUUUGACAAACAGAUAUUUAAACUGGAAGCAUUCGACGCACAAGCUCGUUUUGCUGUGUCCUUUGAAGGGUGCAGGCUCCAUAGUGCGCUUGGUCUCACACUUGGACGGCUCAGCGUUGCACUCUCCCAUACUUCUCGCAUUUCCUCUGAGAACCUAGAGGAAUUGACCGUUCACGAUGUCGUCAAUCGUGCCACUAAUGCCCGUGGCGGAACGAUCCUGAAGGUUCCCCGACUGGUAGCCAGCAUGGAGACAUGGCAGGCGCCUGGGUCCCCGCAGAUCGAUUACACCUUCACGAGCACGUUUGAAGGUAAGGUCGACGUCGGAUGGAAUUACUCGCGUAUCAGCUUCAUCCGUGACAUGUGGGAGAGCCACUCUCGAGCUCUGGCGUCCCGACUGGGAAAGCCAGUGCAGCCGUUGGCAGUACGGAUCACUGGAGGUGUACCGAGCUCCGAAGGAGACAGUGGAACGCCGGAGCAGCAGGAAAAGAUCACAGCUGUGGUCAACGUGCCGCAGUCCAAAUAUACAUAUACGGCAUUGGUGCCGCCGGUGAUUCAGACACCGCAGCUACGGGACAUGGGCGAAGCAACACCGCCAUUGGAAUGGAUUGGGCUACAACGCGAUAAGCUGCCCAAUGUCACGCACCAGAUGAUAAUUGUGACAUUGCUGGAGGUUGCGAAAGAGGUUGAGGAUGCAUACGGGAAGAUUCUGGGGUCAUCAUCAUGAUUUUUUUAUGUUUUUAUUCAGUUAGUAGAAGUUUUAAGUCUUAACUCCGAGUACAUAGAAAACACAGCAGCAUUAAUAAUAAUCCGCCCACUUUCCCUUGCCCUGCUUCGACGCAUCUGGGCAAUGCGCUUCCCA